AUGGGGGCCAACAAUUCAAUGAUGCAAGGAAGUGGGGGAGAGGUGCUGGCUCCUAGAGUCCGCAACAGAAUUAAAGAGUUGAGGAGACGCAAGAGUGAAAAGGAGGUGCUGAAUUUUGAUGGUACUGUGGAUGGUGGAAAAAAGUCUCAAUCUUGUGAAGAAAAUGAAGGUGACAGUAAUAAGGGUUCUCUGAAUGACAUUCAACAAGCCGAACGUGUUGAAAAGGUCUCCAAAGUUCCAUUGCCAGUUUCUGAACCUGGGAAUACAAAAUAUGUCAAUGAUGACGAUGACGAUAUUGAAAGUGGAAGAAAUAUAGGUCCAUCAUCUCCCAGCUUCAAAAUUUAUUGCAGUGAAUCCAGUAACAUAAAGGAGGAAAAAUUUCCGGAGUCAAAUGAUCUAGGUGAUAAGAACCAAACCAUUGGGGUGCUCCAGAAAUCACCCAGUGAUGAUAGUAUUGACAGCUUUGUAUUAGCUUCAGCUGGGAACUCAGGAAACUCCAACGAGGGUUUUGUUAUUGGUGGUGACAGAGUGAAGAUGAUAGACUUUGCGCGCGUGCAGAAGGAGCUGGUGGAAUGCAGCAAGGACUCGGAGGGAUCGGGCAUCAAAGUGAGUCCGAAAAGCGAUAAUCUUGUCCAGUUGAUCGGUACCAUUCCGGGUCCCGUUGGAACUCCCUAUGAAGGGGGCACUUUUCAGAUUGAUAUCACAUUGCCAGAGGGAUACCCGUUUGAACCACCCAAGAUGCAGUUUAAGAACAAAGUUUGGCACCCUAAUAUCAGCAGCCAAAGUGGUGCUAUUUGCCUGGACAUCUUGAAGGACCAGUGGAGCCCAGCGCUCACUCUUAAGACUGCGCUUCUUUCUGUGCAAGCACUUCUCUCUGCCCCUCAGCCUGAUGAUCCUCAAGAUGCUGUGGUGGCACAGCAGUAUCUGAAAGACUAUCAGACAUUUGUUAACACUGCUCGCUAUUGGACUGAAAGUUUUGCCAAGGAAUCGAGUCGCGGGAUUGAAGACAAGGUACAGAAACUGGUUGAGAUGGGAUUUGCAGAAGCUCAAGUAAGGAACAUUCUGGAAGCUGUUGGUGGUGAUGAAAACUUGGCUCUGGAAAGGUUGCUGUAG